AUGAAGCUCGUCCGUGAUCCCUCUAGCUUUUUGAUGAAAUGCGCCAAUGAGACGGUCACCGUUGAGCUUAAGAAUGGUGAGUAUUCCCGUUCAAUCCCUCGGAAUCCUAGUCCGAAGGCCCUCCCAAUCACCGAGCCUCCAAAAGUGAAAGCACUCCGUUCUCUAACUUGGAUUUCUCAUCUAGGCACCGUUCUCCACGGUACUAUUGUUUCUGUUUCUCCGCAAAUGAACACCUCUCUCCGGGCUGUCAAGAUGACCCCCAAGGGCCGUGACCCCAUUUCUCUUGACACCAUCAACAUCCGUGGUUCCACAAUCCGCAAUUGCAUCCUCCCCGACAGUCUUCCCCUCGAUACCCUUCUUGUCGACGAUGCGCCCAAGGCCAAGAACAAGGCACGCAAGGAAACAGACCGUACGCAUACCUAA